CGGAAAUCAUUAGCUCUACUUAAAGAAAUCCCCGGAUGUUGCGAUAGCAAAACGUCAAAUAUUUGUCUUAAUUUUAACGUGAUUUUCAUUGCAUUAAAUUAUGGGUGAGAGAAAAGGUGUCAACAAGUAUUACCCACCAGACUGGGAUCCGUCAAAAGGUUCUAUCAAUCAAUAUGUCGGCCAGCAUCCACUUCGUGACAGGGCGAGGAAACUUGGUCAAGGAAUACUCAUCAUCAGGUUUGAGAUGCCUUACAACAUCUGGUGUGGUGGAUGUAACAGCCAUAUUGGAAUGGGUGUGCGAUAUAACGCAGAGAAGACUAAGACGGGGAUGUACUACACAACACCGAUAUACAAAUUCCGCAUGAAAUGUCAUCUGUGUGAUAACCAUUUUGAGAUACAGACAGAUCCUAAGAAUCAUGACUAUGUGGUCCUGGAAGGAGCAAGACGCAAAGAACAGAGAUGGGACCCUAAAGAAAAUGAACAGAUUGUUACUGAAGAUAAAGCAGUUCAGAAGAAGAUGGUUACAGAUGCUAUGUUUAAGUUGGAGCAUGGAUCAGAUGACAUACAAAAGGGGAAAAAGGCCAUUUCAAACCUUGGAUCUCUCGAAGUGCGCCGUGAUGAGUGGAAAGAUGACUACAUGCUUAACAAACUGGCCAGGCAAAAAUUUAGGGAUGAAAAGAAAGCAAUUAAAGCAGAAGCAGAGAGUGACAGUGCCUUGUUGGUGAAAUCAUCUUUAGAUAUACCUCUACAGAAAGAGACUGAAGAGGAUGUCAAGCUUGCUGGACUGAUCAAAUACAGAGCUCUUGAAUCAUAUGAUGAGAAACAAUCUCAGAAAAGGAAAGAGAUAGAGAGUAGACCAUUGUUCCAGACAUCAAAUAAAAUUGCCAAGAUUGAAGACAAUUCUCCUGAGAACAAGAAGCUAGACAUCAUCAAAAAACAUCUUAGAAAUGUGAAAACAAAUAACCAGACCAAUCCCUUUGAUAGGACUAAAAUGAACACUCUGGGAUCUACCAUAAGUAAACAGUCUUUAGGUAUAAGAAGAAAAAGUCUUCCAGAGAUUGGAAAUCUGGUCUCAAAGCCUGUUAAAGAAGAAGAACAUUUGUGUAAUGAAAAUGGCAAGAACCAUAGCGAAGAGAUCUGUGAUAAUUUGUUACAUAAUGGAAGUGAUAAAAGCAAGGAGAGUGAAGAAAACUCAGAAAUUUCAGAAAACAGUCAAAAAGAUCAAACAUACAAAUACUUAGCUUGUAAUUCAUGUGGUAAACCUUUUAGCAAACCAGAAGGUGUUAGGCAAGAAAACACUACAUCAGCAUCAUGUGCUUGUGAGAAUGACAGUAAAUUAAGGACAGAAACUACUUGUGCAAGUGAUAUUUCUAUCGUUCCUAAAGAUGGAAGUGUUUCUGUUGAAAGUGAAGCUUCCAGUAAUAAAAAUACAUUGUCAGCAUCUGUAGAGAAUAUUGAGAUGAAAUCUCAUAGCUAUAGUUCAAGUAAUCAGAAAGACUUUAAAAAGUCUGCUCUGGGACUAGUUUGUUCCUACUCUGAUACGGAUUCAGAUUCCUAGGUGAUAAGUCAGUAGAUGACUUCUAAUGUUUUGUUCCUUGUUGGGGGUGGGAACAUCAUCUGGUCAGAGGUCAAGGCCACAGCAUAUUGGUCAAGAAAAUUACUUACCUAGUUUCCACUGACAGGAUGAGUAAGUUUAACAAACAGCGCUUGUUAACUUAAGAGAAUGUAGAUAUUUUUCAUGCCACCUUUUUCAAGAAAGAAUGUUGCCACUUACUUGCAGAGAAUAAUUGUAAAAAAAUCAGUAGAGCUUUUAGGUCAUCUUACAGCAUAUUCUACAAAUGAAAUAGUCAAGAUUGAAAAUGUUCUUACAAGCAAAGUAGUUGUAAUUGUUAGAGCCAUAUUCAUGUUUUGAGGAGUCAUGUCCAUUGACAGAACCAUUG